AUGACUUCUAGAAGUUUGUUAGGCACAAAUCGUCCAUCCACGGUUGAAGAUGAAGUUAAUGGUGGUAAGAACAUUAUUGUAGUUGAAGAGCAGAAUGUGGGUGAAGAUGGUGGUUUUGAUUGGCUAGAUGAAGCUGAACUAGUGAAAGGGGGUGAAACUGAGAUAUCAGAUUCUGUGGGGGGAGAAUUUUCAGAGUCUAUGAAUGAAGGCAGUGAUGAUGAGCAAAAUCUUAAUGUUGGAAAUUCAUCCACACCUAAUAUUCUAAGUGAUAGAUUAAAUCAAAUUGAUCUAGAAGGGGAGAAAGAUUGUGUGGAAUCAGAAGAUGAGCUUAGAAGCAUUGGUUCAAGCUCAGAUAUUGAAGGUGAAAAUAACUUGUUGGUUUAUAGGGAAGGGGAUGAGAAAAAACAUGAUUUUAAGUACAAAGCUGGUAUGAUUUUCAGUAGCAACUCUCAAUUUAAAUGGGUUGUAGAAGUGCAUGAAGCAGUGAACAGAAAAUCAAUUAAGUUCACCAAGAAUGACAAGAGGAGAGUGCAAGCAAAAUGUAGAGUAAACCAUUGUAAUUGGGUCAUUUUUGCUUCAAGGAGUAACCCAAGUUGUCCAUUUACCAUAAAGUCAUUUGGUAAACAUACUUGUGGAGCACAACAAAAGAACAAAACUAUAACUUCAAGGUUUUUGUCUAAGUAUUAUAAGGAGGAAUUCAAAGAUAAUGAAAACUGGGGUAGGAGGGAAUUCCAAAAGAAAGUGAAAAGGACAUUUAGAUGUAAUGUGUCUAAGUAUCAAUCUUAUAGAGCAAGGAGAAAUGCCAAGGAAUCAUUAAUUGGAACACAAUCAGAACAGUUUAACAUGUUAUGGGAUUAUUGUGAAGAGCUUAGAAGAAGCAAUCCAGGUUCAACUGUUAUGAUGAAGUUGGACACAACUGAUAGGGAAGGUAAUAGGUGCAGAUUCCUCAGAUUAUAUGUCUGUUUUGCAGCAUGUAAACAAGGGUUUUUGGCUGGAUGUAGGCAAUUGAUAGGAAUUGAUGGUUGUCAUUUGAAAGGGUUCCAAAAAGGAGGGCACCUUCUAGCUGCAGUAGGAGUAGAUGCUAACAAUUGCAUGUUUCCAAUAGCAUUUGCAGUUGUAGAAGGUGAAACAAAAGAAACAUGGAAAUGGUUUCUUCAAUUCCUUGCAUCUGAUGUGGAAAUUCAUAGUAACCCUUAUGGCUGGACAUUUAUAUCUGAUAAGCAAAAAGGAUUGGUUCAAGCUGUUGAAGAGGUAUUACCUAAUGUUGCACAUAGGAAUUGUGUAAGACAUCUUCACCAGAAUUUCACUAAAGAUGGAUUUGGGGGUCAGGUAAUGAAGAGAGUAUUCUGGGUAGCUUGCAAAGCCACUACAGAACUAGAAUUUAAGCAGCACAUUGAGGCAAUGCAUGUGCUAAAUCCAAAGGCAGCUGAGUGGGUUAGUGAAAGGUCUCCACACCAUUUCUGUCGAGCUUUUUUUGACUCAUCUACCAAGUCUGACAUGUUGUUGAACAAUUUGUGUGAGUCCUUCAAUUCUUCAAUCUUGAAUGCUAGAGACAAACACAUUGUAACCAUGGUGGAGUAUUUAAGAAUAUAUCUUAUGAAAAGAAUGCAACAUAAUAGGGAUAAGAUGAGGAACAAUCCUAUGAAAAUUUGUCCAAAGAUUGUAAAAAUCAUUGAAGAAAACAAGGAGAAAAUAGGUGGCUACAUUGCUUAUAAGUCAAAUGAUGAAUGGUGGCAGGUUGAGGAUGAUGAUUUGAAGUUGUUUAGAGUGCACUUAACCACUUGUUCUUGUUCAUGUAGAAGAUGGGACUUGACAGGAAUUCCUUGUGUACAUGCAAUUUCUGCAAUUUCUGAAAAUGGCCAAGAUCCUAUAGAGUAUACAAACUGGUUUUAUUCAGUGGAGGCUUAUUUAAAGAGUUAUGAACCAGCUAUUCUGCCCAUCUCAUCUUCAGAUCAAUGGAGAAAAACAGGAGCACCACCACCCUUGCCUCCGAAAUAUAAGCCCCAGCCUGGAAGACCUAAAAAGUUAAGAAGGAAAGAUCCUAUUGAGAAGGAACCUAUGCCAACUAAACUUGGAAGGAUAGGAGAAAAGAAAAAGUGUGGACUUUGUGGCCAACAUGGACACAACAAGAGAAGAUGCAAGGCAUCCAAAGAGCUUGUAGAUAUGGAUUCUAGUGUGCCAGCCUUUGAAUGUGGAUUCCAGUGUUAUGCAACUAUAAGGACAUCUCAAGCUCCCCCACUUGAUACUCAGAGCACACAAGAAGCAAGUACAUCAACUCCAAAGAAAAGAAGUAGGAAACAACUCCACCCCAAGCAAAAACUGAGAAAGAAGUAG